GCACGUUUGACGUUUGGUUUGGUUAAGUCGAUUUUAGAUUUCGUCAUUGAAAUUAUUAAAUAAUUUCACAAGUGUUACAUUUAUGGUAAUUUACUGAACUCAAGAUGCCGCAUAGUAUCGUGGAAUAUUAUGCCGAACAUGAAAGUUAUAGGUGUGGUUAUUGUAAGAGUCCUGAUACAAAUUUCAGUCAUGGUCUGUGGGCUCACGCGAUGUCCGUCGGUGAUUAUCAGGAUUUAAUUGACAGAGGUUGGCGGCGAUCUGGCAAAUACUGCUAUAAACCUACAAUGGACGUCACUUGUUGUCCCAUGUACACUAUUCGUUGUAGGGCUCAGGAAUUUAAGUCAUCAAAGUCCCAAAAGAAAGUUCUAAAGAGGUUUAACAAAUUCCUGUCUGGUGAGGAAAUAAAUGAGAAUCGAGUGGGUGAUCCUAGCCGUUCGAGGUCAGCUUGCAGCAGUGAGGUUGAGGGAGAGCUGUUUGAGGAGGGGAGAUGCGAGCAGUUUGUGGAAACUAAUCGUGGACAUAAGAACAUAAACUUAGAUAGCAUUACAAGAACCAAUGUUGAAGAAUCUAGUUCCAACAUAGAGGAAAAACCUAAUGGUUCUAAUGAUAAUUCUUCUGGAAUGGAAGUGUCACAAGCUGAUAAUUCAUCUGAAACAAAUGUUCAAAAAGACUUUAAGAAAAUUACAGAACUAGAUCCCACCAAGUCUCCGUGCAAAAAAGCCAAACAACUGAGACGUGAGAGGAAAUUUGAAAAACUUAAAGAGAAGGGUGUUGAUAUUACCACGCUUAGCAACACUAACAAAAACAAGGAAAAACAACUUGAGGACUUUUUAAAUGAACUGCCAAAAGAAUAUCAACAAAGACUCGAGAUAAAACUAGUCAGAACUGCACCUCCGAGCCCUGAGUGGUUAGCAACAGCCAAAGAAACCCAUGAAAUAUAUGUUAAGUACCAAACAGUCAUUCAUGAUGAUAAACCGGAAAAAUGUACAGAACACAAGUUCAGAGAGUUCUUAGUACACAGCCCACUAUUGGAGAUACACAGUGAAACUGGUCCCAUGUGUGGCUACGGGUCUUUUCAUCAACAAUAUGUGCUGGAUGGCAAAAUUAUUGCCGUCGGUGUCAUUGACAUCCUGCCCAAAUGCGUGUCUUCUGUUUACUUCUUUUAUGAUCCGCAGUAUAGGAACUUGACUUUGGGAACUUAUGGCGCCCUCAGGGAGAUAGCGUUUACAAGACACUUGAGUCAAAUAUGCCCAGAGUUAAAGUAUUACUACAUGGGAUUUUACAUCCACUCCUGCCGCAAGAUGAGGUACAAAGGCAACUUCUAUCCUUCAGAUUUGCUUUGCCCUGAGACUUACAAGUGGGUCCCUCUUGAGGACUGCAUACCAAAGCUUGAAGCUUCACCUUAUACUAGAUUAGAUCCGGACAUAGACAACGUCGACACAAAUUAUCCUAGGGAAGGGGAUAUUAAUUACAUACCAGUGUUGGUUAAGGGGGUAGUGUUGCCAUACAAGGCGUACAAAAGAAAGUAUGCUAAUAAGAAAAGAGAAAAUGAUGAAGAGUUGAUGGAGUACGCACGCUUAGUUGGUGCUAAGACAAUUAAAAGUUUGAUAUUAGUUAGAUAAACUUAAAUAUGUUUUUUAGUGUAUGUUAGAAUUUGUUCCCUCCUAAUUACCUUUGCAUUGUAUAUCCCACCUUGAAGCAAUGUGAUUUGUAGUCAACUAUGACCCGUGCUGUGUACUUAAUAAUACGUAACUUUAGUUAUACUAGUCACAUAUUCUGUUGCUUAAAUGCUUUGCUAUAGACUUAAUUUUACUUAAAUACCAUUUUUACGUCUUAAGUAUCAUAAUGUUUUUAUUGAUAAAAUUACGUAAUGUGUGAAUUUGUAUAUGAAAUAAAAUAACAUUAAUUGACUCAAGACCUCAUUUCAAGGACAU